UCGUUUCUCCCAGGAUUGCAGGAGAAGCUUUUCUCACCCGUGCCCCUACGCCCCUCCUCCUUCUCCUCCUCCUCACCCGACUUCAGAAGAUUGCUGCUGGAGACCCAGGAUGUGCGGGGAUAGUCGGUCUUGCCGGUGCAAUUCAGCUGAAGCUUCUGGGUCCCCUGGUGACUUUUGACACCAAAGACAGGGACGACCUAACCAGUCCUUGGGGCCUUUCGUGAACUGUGGACUGGAAAAUCCUCUACGAACUACUUGCCCCCUUUUCUGUCCUUGGCACAGGAUAAUACAGAUCAGAGCCUCCUUGUAGGGAGGGGGUGAUUCCAGAGCCAGUGUCUGUUUUCUUGCUUUCCUCUAGCAGACGUCAAAAGCAGACAUGGGUUGUUUCUGUGCCGUUCAGGAAGAAUUUUAUUGCGAAGUUUUGCUCUUGGAUGAGUCAAAGUUAAUUCUCACCACCCAACAGCAAGGGAUCAAGGCACUGUCUUCCUCUGGUUUUCUUCCCUUUGGGAAAGAGAGAUCCAGGUCCCAUAGUGUUCAUGCCUCAGUCUACACAGUAACUCUUAAAAAGAAGUCAACGAAAGGUUCUGUCAUCCUUGACUACAUAUUCCAUCACAUAAACCUAGUGGAGAUAGAUUAUUUUGGACUGCGUUACUGUGACAGAAACCAUCAGACGUACUGGCUGGAUCCUGCAAAAACCCUUGCAGAACACAAAGAAAUGAUAAACACUGGCCCUCCAUAUACUUUUUAUUUUGGCAUCAAAUUCUAUGCUGAAGAUCCCUGUGAACUUAAAGAAGAAAUAACCAGAUAUCAGUUUUUUUUGCAGGUGAAACAAGAUGUGCUACAAGGGCGACUGCCCUGUCCAAUCAACAUUGCUGCUCAGCUGGGAGCAUACGCUCUCCAAUCUGAACUUGGAGAUUAUGACCCAUAUAAGCACACUCCAGGAUAUGUGUCUGAGUACCGAUUUGUUCCAGAUCAAAAGGAAGAACUUGAAGAUGCCAUAGAACGAAUACACAAAACUCUAAUGGGUCUAGUACCUUCUGAGGCAGAAAUAAAAUACUUGGGAAUUGCCAAAUCCUUAGAAAUGUAUGGAGUUGACCUUCAUCCUGUCUAUGGAGAAGGCAAGUCUGAAUAUUUCUUAGGUUUAACUCCUGUGGGUGUGGUUGUCUACAAGAAUAAGAAACUAGUAGGGAAAUAUUUCUGGCCGCGAAUUACAAAAGUUCACUUUAAAGAGACACAGUUUGAACUCAGAGUGCUGGGAAAAGAUUGCAAUGAAACCUCAUUCUUUUUUGAAGCCCCAAGUAAAAGCACUUGUAAACAUCUCUGGAAGGGUUGUGUUGAGCAUCACACAUUCUUUAGGAUACCAGAAAAUGAAUCAAAUUCUUUGUCAAGAAAACUCAGCAAGUUUGGUUCCAUGAGUUAUAAACACCGAUACAGGACAGCCUUACAAAUGAGCCGAGAUCUUUCUGUUCCUCUCCCUCGGCCCAAUCAGAAAGUGGAAAGAAGUCGGAGCAAGACCUAUCCUAAGAGAACAGCACAAAUACAACCAUCAGGAUCAAACAGCAUACACCAGGUUACUGCAAAUAUGGAAAAUGGAGUGAAUGAAGGAACCACCAAAAUUAUUGCACCCUUGCCAGUUAAAAGCUUUAAGAAGUCAAAAUUUGAAAAUAGCCCUGAAACCCAAAGAAGCAAAACAAAUGCACCAUGGGAGGAAAAUGGACCACAGGGAGGACUGUACAAUUGUUCCAAUGACCGGAAUAAAUCACCGAAGUUCCCUUAUUCACGGAGACGAAACCCAUCUGGCAGUAGUGACCAUGAGCCUGGACAGCCAAUUAGGAGAAGGAAAGCACGUAACAGUGGUGAGGACUCAGAUCUAAAGCAAAGGAGAAGGUCCCGCUCACGGUGUAACACAAGUAGUGGUAGUGAAUCUGAAAAUUCUAAUAGAGAACAUCAGAAAAAGAGAAACAGGUUAAGGCAGGAGAAUGGCAUGAUUGACUCAGUGCCUCAGUGGGAAGCGGCAUUGAGGAAUCAAAAGGAAAAAAAUGAAGCCAACCGCAAUAAUCGGCGAUCCCGACACAGAUCACGCUCGAGAAGCCCAGAUAUCCAAGCAAAGGAAGAGCUGUGGAAACAUAUUCAGAAAGAACUUGUGGAUCCUUCUGGAUUGUCAGAAGAACAAUUAAAAGAGAUUCCUUACACCAAAAUAGAGACUCAAGGUGACCCAAUUCGAAUUAGGCAUUCUCAUUCCCCUCGAAGUUACCGCCAGUACCGAAGAUCCCAGUGUUCAGACGGAGAGAGAUCAGUUCUGUCGGAAAUGAAUGCAAAGACUGAUCUAGUGCCGCCACUUCCUGUGACUCGAUCUUCAGAUGCACAGUGUUUUAGUGGUUCUACUUCCUAUCAGAUUAGAAUUGGGUCUAAAGACAGCCUUAUACAAGAAAAACCUCAGAUAUCUACAAGCAACUUGGAUGGAAAACACAGCACAAAGAUAAUAAAGACCAUACAAACAUCCCACUUCAAAAUGGACACUUGAUCUGUGACAAAGUACCAGUAUUGUUCCUUUGAAUCUGUAAAUUAUGCCAUUGUAACCUUAAUCAAGUGCUUCAAUGUACAAGAUCUUUAAAUGUCAGUAUGUUUUGGUUUAAAGGCCUGAAAAGAUAUUUAAGUUAUACUGAUGCCAGAUGCUUCAGAAAUGGCCCCGCGGCUACAUCCUUAGUACUUCUGGGCUUUUCUACCAACCUGAAACCUUUGUCUUUAUUUACUUAAGUGCCGAGUCUCCUUGAGCACUAAGGCUUUUGUAUUCCCAAACACAGGAAUGAGUUCUCAAAAUUGGAUAGUCUUAAAUGUUAAUCUUCAUAGGCUCUUUACAAAUUAUUCAGAAGCUACAUUGGCCAUAUUCAAACACUGGAAUACCAGCUAUGAGUUUUAGGGCAUGUGUUUAUAAUGAGGGUUGUUCCCUUUUAUUAUCUUAAAUCUCUAGGGAUUGGACUGCCACUUGCAUGGCAGCACCACAAAUGCAAAGGGGAGGUAGAGGCAGCAGACAGAGACUACCAACCUUUUGUCAGGGGAUCAGAACACCUACUUUUGGCCUAUUUCUUCAUU